AUGUGGAAUUCUCAGAAAGAAGAGUUGGUUGAUGACUCUACACUAGAAAAGAUUGCCAAACGGUUCUCGUGUGAAGCCGGCAAAACCUUACUCAACUGUAAUCUUGAAGAUGAAGAAUUUUCAGUCCCUGAUGAACCUACCACAAUUGUUCAGUCAUUACAUGGAGAUUAUGGGGAUGGUAAAUGAAGAUUGAAAGCUUCUCAUGCAAAGAAGAAUAAACUUUUGACAGAUAAAGGAAAUAUCAAGGAGAAUAGCAAAACUCGUUUUGUGGAAGAUAUCCAGAUAGACCAUCUCAGGAAAAUGGUUUCAGAUAGAAGAAAGGCAUCCCAGGCAUCUUUUGGAGAAACAGAAAUUAGGCAGAAAAGGGAUAUGAAAGAAUAUAAGCACCAAAAGUCUUCAACUCAGAUGGACAUAAAGUUUUUAUUAAAAGUGAUUAAGUCGAAAAAUAAACCUCUUCCAAGAGGAAAGCCUGUGAGUAAUAAAAAGUCCAAAAUUAUUUCAUUCAGUGAUGCUAUUGAUGACAAAACUCCAUCUGAUGAUAGCAAGCAAGUAAAACCAGGAGAUGCAGGAUACCUGUUUACCUUUAAUUAGGACGAAGAUC